UUGAUGUUACUAAAAGAGCUUUAUGUGGUGCAAUGCAUGAUCACUAGAAUGGUUUUGAAGUCUAGAGUUUGGGUUGGGUGCUUAGCUGUGGGUGUAUGAAUGCACCCAAAAAAGAGCUUAAUUAAUUGAUAUGCUGAUCAGGAACCAAACCAUGCAUGUUGGCAUAUCAUAUCAUAUCUUAUCACAUGAUUAUAUUUAAAUUAAUUUAAUUUGUAGAAAAGAAAUAAAGAACGCUACAUACAUAAGGCCCAAGUCACAACUCUCUCAAAAAACAAACAUCGUCCUCUAAAAUCCAUUCUCUUUCCUCUUUCCUAUCUUGUUUUUUUAUUAGUUAAAUAAUGCCUCUUCAAUAAUUAGUGAAGUCUCGGAAUUCAGAUAUCGAAAACACGUACUAAUAAAUAAUAAAUGCUUCCAACUGUUUUAUUUUUGGUGCUAAGUGCUAGCAAUAAUAAAAUUGUUUGUACCUCUUCUACUCUUAUCUUAUUUCUUGGUUCUCUUCAAUAAUGGUGGAACAACAGCACAAAAGCCAGAGACCCCCAAAGAGUAGUAGUAGUAGUAGGGGCUUGUAUGUGAAGAUGAACCUCUUUCAUCACAAACAUGGCUACAACUACAACAAGCUCAAUCAGCAUUAUCAACAGCAACAACAAGAUAGAAACUGCUUCUGCACAUACUACAAAUGGCUUCUAUGGCUCUCUCUCUCCCUCUACUUCUUCACCUCUUUUCUCAUCACCAAUAACAACAACGCCACCGCCCAAAAAACAGAACCAACCGAUAACUUAGUUAAAUCCCAUGUUGUACCUCGUACACUGUCAGAAUCCAGCAACAUUGCAAGCAAACUCAAGAAUAUGAAGGUGUUCAUCUACGAGCUCCCAUCAAAGUACAACACAGAUUGGUUAACCAACGAGAGGUGCAGCACUCACUUGUUUGCGUCGGAAGUCGCCAUUCACAGAGCACUCUUGACCAGCGACCUUCGAACCUUUGACCCCAACCAAGCUGACUUCUUCUUCGUCCCAGUCUACGUCUCCUGCAACUUCAGCACCGUCAAUGGCUUCCCUUCAAUCUCACACGCCCGCAACCUCAUUUCCUCCGCGGUGCAACUCAUCUCCACACACCACCCUUUCUGGAACCGCAGCUCCGGAUCCGACCACGUCUUCGUCGCUUCCCAUGAUUUUGGCGCUUGUUUCCACAACCUCGAAGAUGUGGCGAUGCAGCAUGGGAUACCGGAAAUAAUGAAGAACUCAAUAGUGUUGCAGACGUUCGGCGUUGAGUACCAGCACCCGUGCCAACAAGUUGAGAAUGUAGUCAUACCGCCAUACGUGUCGCCGGAAAGUGUACGGAAGACUCUUGCUAAGAAUUCUCCGGCGAACGGACGCAGAGACAUUUUUGCGUUCUUCCGAGGGAAAAUGGAGAUUCAUCCUAAGAACAUAAGCGGAAGGUUUUACAGCAAGAGAGUGAGGACGGUGAUAUGGCGUAAAUUCAGCGGUGACCGGAGAUUUUACCUCAAGAGGCAUAGGUUUGCCGGUUACCAGUCAGAGAUAGCGAGGUCUGUUUUCUGUUUGUGUCCACUUGGGUGGGCCCCAUGGAGUCCCAGACUGGUUGAGUCAGUUUUAUUGGGAUGCGUGCCGGUAAUUAUCUCAGACGGUAUUCGGUUACCGUUUUCGUCUGCCGUGAGGUGGCCGGAUAUUUCCGUUAGGGUGGCGGAGAGGGACGUCGGGAAGCUUGGGAGGAUCCUUGAGCGCGUGGCAGCGACUAACCUCACGGCGAUUCAGAGGAACCUGUGGGACCCGAGAACGAGGCGGGCCCUGAUGUUCAAUGAGGAGGUGCAGGAAGGGGAUGCCACGUGGCACACUCUGGUUAGUCUGAGUGAGAAGCUUGGUAGGUCUUACGGUAGGUCUACGGUUUCCGGCGAAUUGGAGAGUGACACGUAAGGCUUUCGGGUUAAAGUUCUUCCCAGCUUGGAAUUGCUGGCUGCUGGCUGCAUAUGAUGAUGGAUGACAGCUAUUCGAUUUUGAAUUCGGUCUCUGACUAUGUGUCAGUGGGGACCACACCACACAGAGGGUAGAUGGAUGGAUAUUAACUAUGGAGUAGCGACUUUUGGUCCAGCUCGUUAAUGCUAACGUGGAGGGUUUAUUAUUCUUUAUGACAUGGCAAAGCAACCAUUGUUAUAUAAUUAUUAUUUUCCGAUGUAAAUAAACCAUACUAAUUAUUAAAUGAAUUCAUAUAUAUAUAUAUAUUUUUUGGUGUUGGGACUGAGAAGUGAUGAAUUGUCAGAAGUUGAAAUGUGUACGUCUGUUGUUAUUUGGAUUGAGGCAGUGAAUAAGUGUGGUCACGGGUAAGGUGAGGAAUGGACGUGAAAUUUAAUUGAGGGAGAAAGAAUCCAACGGUGACAUUGGAGUGUAGUUUUAUGAGUGAAUGAAUGCUUAAUGUCAGCAUUCAAAAAUAGGUAGGUAGCUAAAGCUUAAAAGCUAGCUGGCCACUCUGUAAUGGAAUGUAAUUUUCAUUGUCUUUUUCUCUCUGUUUGUUCUUGUACCAAAAUGCUUUUUUGUACCAACUCCCAAUAACUUAUUUUCCUUGCAUGAGCGCCUCUAUUAACGUGUUAUGUACUUAUGUUA